UCGGUCAGUUCUCUCGAGGUGCUCACCUUCAUGGCGUUCGGUGUGUUCAUCGGCAUCCUGCCGGCGGCCACAGAGGAGGCGCAGCCCUUCGGCUCCAGCAGCGCCCAGCCGCUACUCAUCGUGCGCACCGUCCUCUCCCUGGGCGCGGCGGCGCUGAGACUGUCCAGCUUGUCCUACCUGACCAUCGCCGACUCCUCGAUCAUCACCAGCCUGACCCCGCUCAUGGUCGCAGUCACCGCCAGCCUGUUCCUCGCCGAGCCUUGCCACUGGACGCAGGGCGUGGCCGUGGCCCUGUCCAUCCUGGGCAUUACCUGGUGGUUGAAGCCGCCAUUUCUGGCGAACGCUGGGGUCACCUUCACCAAGGAUCAGUACAUCGGCAUCGCGUACGGCCUCAGCCACACCGUCCUGAACGGCGUCACCACCGUCUGCAUUCGGGCUAUCAAGGGAGUGUCGCGCAGCGUCGUCGUGUUCCACUACGGCUGCCUCUCGAUGCUGCUCGUGUCGAUCGUGUCGAUCGCCAUGGGUCGACUCAAGAUCUUCUACGACGGCUCACAGAUCGGCUACCUGCUCCUCAUCUCGCACCUCACCUUCGCCGUCCAGAUGUUUCUCACCAAGGCGCUCCAGAUCGAGAAUGCCUCGGUGGUCACCAUAGUUAAGACGUCGUCGGAUGUCAUCUUUGGAUUCGUCAUGCAGGCAGUGUUCUUGAACGUGUACCCGGACUUGUUCAGCAUGUUUGGCGGCACGUUCGUGCUUGUAGGUGUCGUCGUCAUCGGUAUGCGGAAGAUCGCCCAGGCAGCCGCACCUGAUACUAUACUCAGGCGGAGGCUUCGAUUUCUUCUUUAA